AUGGGCUCUUCAAGUUGUGUUGGUAAUGAAGAAAAAGGAUUGCAGACCAGCAUGAUCAGGGAAUCAAAUCCAAUGGGUUGGAUCAGUGAUGAAGACAAGGGACAAAGAUUUUUAUGUGGUUCCUUCAAAACCAUUGGACGUGUUCAAAAGGGAAGGGUUUAUGUUUCCAUACUGGUUGGAAAGACAGGAAACCUCGAAUGCAAGGCAACUCGAGAUGAAGAAUCAUGUUCACAAAUGCAGAAAUCAAUCUUACUGGACAACAAAUUUACAAAGUUCUUGAAAAAGAUGAACAAUGAAGAUUAUCCUGUUGAUGCCAAAAAGGUCAAGAAUAAAGAAGAAUUGAAUAUGAUGGCAAGAUCUAGAAUUAUCAAACCUGAUCUGAAACAACAACUCAAAUGUUCUAUGUGGUAUCUCGACAACGGGUGUUCUAGACAUAUGACUGGAGAUCCUACAAAGUUCUCAGAUAUUUCAUAUAAAGUCGCUGGUCAUGUAACGUAUGGUGAUAACAACAAAAGAAGAAUCAUCAGUAUAGCUAAAAAUGACACACUUAAAGUUUUCAAACGAUUUGCUGCUGCUGUUCAAAACGAAAUGGAUCUCAAGAUCAAGGCUAUCAGAAGUGAUCAUGGUGGUGAACUUCAAAACAAAGAAUUCGAUGACUAUCUAGCUGAAAUGGGAAUCGUGCAUAACUUCUCAGGACCCAGAACUCCAAAGAAAAAUAGGGUUGUAGAAAGGAAAAACAGGGCUCUUGAGGAAUUGGCAAGGUCUAUAUUGAAGCUGACACCCCAUGAGCUGCUGAGAGGAAGAAAGCUAAAUAUUUCGCAUUUAAGAAUCUUUGGAAGCAAAUGUUUUGUAUUGAAUAACGACAAAGAAAAUCUUGGGAAAUUCGACUCUAAAGUCGAUGAAGCCAUUUUCAUAGGAUAUUCCUUGAACAACAAGGCUUACCGUGUGUAUAACAAAAGAACUAUGAAUGUUGAAGAAUCCAUUCAUGUGGCAUUUGAUGAGUUCAUCAUGGCUCCAAGUCAUUCUAAACAAGUCAGAAACUCUGCUGAAGAAGAUGAAAACUCAAUUGAUGAAGAAACUCCUAGAGAAGUCAUUAAGAAAGAAGAUGAAAUUGAGCAAGUCGAAUCUCCUAGAGUAGAGUCGAUUAAAGCAUGGAAGGCACCAAGAAAUGUUUCUACUGACAAUGUUAUUGGUGAUAUCUCAAGAGGGGUUUCUACAAGAAGACAACUAAAUCAAUUCUGCAUGAAUGUUGCCUUUUUGUCCAAAAUUGAGCCCAAGAAAGUUGAAGAGUCAUUAAAUGAUGAAAAUUGGAUGUUGGCAAUGAAGAGGAGUUGA